GCCAGCCCAGCGCCUCCAAAUCGCAAUCACUUCCUAACCUCCCUCUUUUUAUCAUAUUUGAUCACUUUGAUUCUCCGUUCUCUUCUCUGAUUAUUUCUGCUACACGCAAAGGAAGCUCAGUAGGUUGUGCUCUCUUUUUUGUUUCCUUAUCGCUGCCGCUCGCCUGGAGAGUUGACUUCAUAUUUGACUCGAGCACGCAGGCUUGGUUUUGCGCGUGGCGGCGGCUAGUGCUACCUCAUCUUGGAAAAAAAAAGGGAAGUAGCGGCAAAAUUUGGGUCCAGUUGUCGGUUUUCAACAACAGUUCAAGACUGGAACUUCAUUUGUCGCUCGCCAGCUUCUGUAAUCUAUACGAGCUCUUCUAUUUUCCGCGCGUCUGAACGUCGCGAAGUUACAUUGGCCCCUUCCCUGUACCAGACUCUUCCUCUUUGGUCGUCGUAUUUAUUUUUUCACUUUUUUCUUCCGCGGUAUUCCUGGAUGGAUGACUGCGGGCGCCCCUGGAUGUGGCCUCUAAGAGCAGGACUGCGAUUCGGCUCGUCUUCGUGUCAGUUUUAACCACUGCCAAGUCCCAAAAACGGGCUCCGCUUUGUCGUCGGCGCGCGAGUUUCAGUGGGAUAAAAGCGCAGGGUGCAUUAUUUCUUCGUCUGAUCAACAAACCUUGUCGUGCUGCGUUAGAACCAGGGCCACCACGACGCGCCAAAAAAAAAAACCCACAGAUAAACAAACAAACAAACAAAAAAACAAAAAAACAAAACGGACGACACAAAGUUGCUGACUGAUUAGAUAUGGCAAUGGUAGUGUGGAGAGGCUCCCAGGACGAUGUGGCCGAGACACAGGGCGCCCUCUCAUCGCAAGCCCAAGGUGGACUAACCCUAGCGACCCCUCAGCCGGGCCAGCUGAACCUCACGGCCUCGCAGGUCGCGCCUCCGACCCCGCAGACUCCUGUUCAAGGAGCGCCGAAUAGCAAUGCUCAGUCUACGCCAACAAACCAGACGUCGCAGAGUCAGUCGGACAAGCAGCAGCAGCAGCACAUCGAGUGCGUCGUGUGCGGCGACAAGUCGAGCGGCAAGCACUACGGCCAGUUCACAUGCGAGGGCUGCAAGAGCUUCUUCAAACGCAGUGUGCGGCGCAACCUCACAUACACGUGCCGGGCCAACCGGAACUGUCCCAUCGACCAGCACCACCGCAAUCAGUGUCAGUACUGCCGCCUCAAAAAAUGCCUCAAAGUUGGCAUGAGACGGGAAGCGGUCCAGAGGGGCAGGAUGCCACCCACGCAGCCGCAUCACGGCCAGUUCGCCUUGACGAACGGGGACCCGCUGCACUGCCAUUCCUACCUAUCGGGAUAUAUCUCUCUGCUGCUGCGAGCAGAGCCCUACCCUACGUCGCGUUAUGGCAGCCAGUGUAUGCAGCCCAACAACAUCAUGGGCAUCGAGAACAUUUGCGAACUGGCGGCACGCAUGCUGUUCAGCGCCGUGGAGUGGGCCAGGAAUAUUCCCUUCUUCCCCGACCUGCAGAUCACAGACCAGGUGGCUCUGCUCAGGCUCACCUGGAGCGAAUUGUUCGUCCUCAACGCGGCCCAAUGUUCCAUGCCACUGCAUGUAGCUCCUCUGCUAGCCGCCGCAGGCCUCCAUGCCUCCCCCAUGUCCGCGGACAGAGUGGUCGCCUUCAUGGACCACAUUAGGAUCUUCCAGGAGCAAGUUGAAAAGCUCAAAGCAUUACAUGUCGACUCGGCCGAAUACAGCUGCUUAAAAGCCAUCGUGUUGUUCACCACGGAUGCUUGCGGUCUGUCAGACGUGGCCCACAUCGAAAGUUUGCAGGAGAAGUCCCAGUGUGCACUGGAGGAGUACGUGCGGAGCCAGUACCCUAACCAGCCGACGCGAUUUGGGAAGUUAUUACUACGCCUGCCUUCUCUGCGCACAGUGUCCUCUUCGGUCAUAGAGCAAUUAUUUUUCGUCCGAUUGGUAGGUAAAACCCCAAUUGAAACCCUCAUCCGGGAUAUGUUGCUGUCAGGGAGCAGUUUUAACUGGCCAUACAUGUCCAUUCAAUAAGCAAAAGGAAGGAUCAGAAAUGGGGGUCCACUAGUUAGCGCUUCUUUUUGUAGAAGAAACCGGCUGUUACACGAGUUUACUUUAACGGAAAAGAGACGUUUUUCAUAAAUGACUGUGAAUCUUCAAAUUUGAGACAUUGAAUGAAAACUACCUGGGACGGGGGUGUUAUUUACUUUUUUUUCUUUUUUGAAACAAAAGAAAGAAAAAAGGGACAAAACAGAAAAAAAUUCUAAUAUUCCUUCUGGAGAAAGGAAAAUCUGAAGUGCAUUUAAGGUGAUAAAUUGGAGGAAUUUAACGAGAAUAAAUUUAAAAAGUCUGUUUCUUUUUUUACCAGCUGGCUCUUAUGUCCUGUGCCCAUGUAUCUUUCGUUUUUUUUCUUCUCCCUUCUUUUUAAUUCUGGUUCCAAACCGGCCUGUGUCAUUCUAUACUAUGAAGUUGGUGGGGAUUUUUGGUUUUGGUUGUUUCUUUUCUGAUCAUCACGACUUAAAACAGUUGUAAAGACGUUCUUUAAGAAAUGAAACUAAAUCUACAGCAAUAUAGUACAACUUAUAAAUGUUGAAAGCGCACUUACUUUUUCCCUAUAAUGAACGAAAAUGGGGACUUAUGAACUUCAACUCAAAUAAACAGACAGAAAAAGUCCUUAAAAGCCCAGUUUAAGACACCAGGGUGUCUUACAAUGCCAUUAUUCUGUGUAUUUCUCAGAAACCUGAAAACUAUUAAACUAAUAAGACAUAGAGCUGUGCGCUUGUGUGUGUGUGUGUGUGUGUGAGUGCGUGCGUGCGUGCGUGCGUGUGUGUCAGAGAGAGUGAGAGUGUUGUUUGCGAUUGUUUUGAUUCUGCGAUCUACUCCAUUGGUCUUACAUUCAGUAAUCUGUAAUAUUUGGUUUAAACUGUAAAGUGUAGAACAAAUUACUUGGUUUGACUAUUGAAGUUCAUCUGUUCAAAUAUUUCAAGUGAAUUUUACGAAGUCCGUCCAUUUUGCGAAAAUGUCAAAAUGCUGAACUAUUGUUGUAACCCAUUACACUGUAUUUUAAAAGCAGCUAAGUAGUAUUACAAAGAACGGCUCUCAAAAACCUCCCCAACACACUUAAAGCAUUAAAAGUGCCUGUAAAGAGCGAAAUCAACGAUUUGUUAUUUAUACGUUAUUGUAGCCUUUGCCUAGGCUAAAGAACGUGGGAAACAAUUUUACAAUUCAGUCUUAUGAUUGAGUAUUUCACUUGAAAAAGAGGGAGAAACAAUAACUAGAGGCAGUAUUCUUGUAAAUAUAUAGGUCAAUUCAUGGACUUUUUUUCUUAUACAAAAUAUAUGUGAUUAAGAAAAAACUGUGGUUGCCAUUUUUUUCGGGAAAACAAAUGUCUUCAAAAAUGAGUGGCAGAGUUAGCUAGUAGCACUGAAUUUUUUUGUAUUGUACAUACAUAUUACGACAAAUGUUUUUCUUUUUCAUGUAUUUAGACUGUGAAUGCAUGGCCACAGGUCGCUAACCUAUUUUACCUUUGAUAUAUAUAAAUGUAAAUGUUUUUGACUGUAUAGAUAUAAUCUGUGCAUUCAGUACACUAGCCCUUGUAUUUAAGAAGAAGAAAAAAGAAAAACAAAACGUUCAAUAAUAGGAUAAUACUUAACAGGGUGAGCUGGUUUGGAAAGGGGUGGCUAUUUUGAUUUCAGUGUUCCUGCACCUUUUCGAUCUGUAACAGAUGCCUUGUAUGUGUGUGUAAGUGUGAAAGCUUGCAAUUUCGUCCUUGUCUCGAGGCUUUUCUUCAACACACAAGACACCAUGUUGUGGUUGGAUAAAAAGGGAUCAUAUUGUGUAGUUGACUGAACAGUUAUCCUGGGCUGUUCCCAUGCCACAUAUGGACCAGAGAAUGCUACAUGAUUGUAAUUAUGAACAGUUUAAACUGACCCACCUUUUUAUAUAAAUAUAUAAGAAUAUAUUACUUCAGGGUAUUGAUAACGUAUAGAUACUUUUUAUUAUUAUUAUUAUUAUUAUUAUUAUUAUUAUUAUUAUUAUUAUUAUUAAUUGCAAGUGAUAUACGUG